UCCGCCAUAGCACGCCGUGCUGCCAUCGAAACUGCUGACUUCAGGUUUGGUUUUGCUGCCGCCGCCAGGCCCUCCUGCUCUCUGCGGGGAGGCGGCGGUAGCCACUCGGUCCCUCACCCCCGUUCCAGCCCCCGGAGACCUCAGUCUCCGCUCUUUACCCGAUAUCCACUCACCUCCAUCUCAAAAAAUCCACCCCCAGCGGCUGAAGGAGCCCCCUAUCCGCCCCUCUGCUGCUCAGCAAACGUACAUACAAUUUGUUGUCUAUUCUGCGGGUUCAAAUGAAGCUGACAGUCCCCGGGGGGGGCAAGCUUCUUAGAAAUCUUUCUUAUUAUUUGUUUCUUGCAGUUAAUUUCAUUAUUACUGUAAAUCUGCAUUAACUUUGAUGCAUUCCCGUUCGGAAUUUGGCUUCUUUUUUCGAGGUGUCCUUUCUAUUCCUUCCCCAUUUUCUAAAUUUAAUAUGGUAAUUCAUCCUUUCCUGAUUUUGAUUUCAACCUCAGUACAAUGAUUAUACUUUGUAAUGGGCCCACAUUACUCUUCGCCAUCCUCCUUUACCUGAAGUAAAACAUAAUGCUGAUUUUUGAUGUCCCUUGCAAGUUUAUUUUUUUACUAUUUUGUCGCUCUUAUUUAGUGAAUAUUGUUCAUUGUUUUAUACGAUUCCUCGGGAUUUCUGCCGAUUUUACUUUUUUAUUUUCCUUAUUUUUUUAUUGUUUUCCUUUUUUAAGCUUUGUGUCACUUAGUUCUUUGCACCUGUUUUGCUGUUUUGGCACCGGGCACUCUUGGCUUUGAGAAUGUAUACUGGUGCUACUUCAAGUUCAUACCUGACAAGACGCAUUUCUUGCGGAACUUAAAAAAAAAUUCUUUGCAAUCUGACGCACAAAUCUCACCCGGAUUCACGCUAGUAUUCUGCUGGGACGUCCACUCCACAUCUAAAUCUCAUUAAGAUUACGUGGGCCAUAGCCAAUCUAUCCUGGCGGAACAUUCCGCACCCUACUGGCGUCCGAUUGUAUAAGUGGGGCAGUGUCCCGCGUUGAGCUUCCUCCCGUUGAGCUUCCUCUGAGCAAUGCACAGUGAUGUCCAAGAUGAGCAAGCAAUGGCAUGUUGCAACAAGGAUCUGUGUAAAAAGGAGUCAACCUGCCUGGAAAAAUGUGUCUAUGUAUCAAAUCCCUAUCUAACAACAAUGAAAGAUGAUAUUUUAUACCAUUUUGACCUUGGCACGAGGACUCAUGAUCUUCCUGGCAUGUUUGGAGAUGUUAAGUUUGUAUGUGUAGGUGGAAGCCCAUGGCGAAUGAAAUCCUUCGCUCAGUACAUGAAUGUGGUGUUGGGAUUGGGAUGUGCCACAGCUGACAUUCCCGAUAUCUGUGCCCACACUGACCGUUAUAGCAUGUAUAAAGUGGGGCCUGUCCUAGCAAUAAGUCAUGGCAUGGGGAUUCCUUCAAUCUCAAUCAUGUUACAUGAACUUAUUAAAUUGCUUUGUCAUGCCAAGUGUUCUGAUGUUGUUGCCUUUCGUAUUGGCACCUCAGGUGGAAUAGGUGUGCAGCCAGGUACAGUUGUGGUCACCAGAGUCUCAGUGGAUCCUUGCUUCAAUCCUUGCCUCAAACAAAAUGUAAUGGGGAUGACUAUGUCUUAUCCAACUGCAUUAAAUGAAUGUCUGGCUCAAGAAAUGCUUAAAUGCAGCAAGGAACUUAAUAAAUUCGACACUAUUCUUGGUACUACCCUAUGCACGUCUGAUUUCUAUGAAGGCCAGGCCCGUUUAGAUGGUGCUUUCUGUCACUAUACUGCCGAGGACAAGAUGAAUUACCUGCGCUGUGCCUAUGAGGCAGGAGUUCGGAACAUUGAGAUGGAGUCUGCUGCAUUUGCAGCUAUGUGCAACCGAAGUGGAUUACCAGGUGCAGUUCUCUGUGUCACCUUGCUGGAUCGACUGCAAGGUGAUCAAAUCUGCAGCUCCCAUGAAGUGCUUACGGAAUAUCAGGAGAGGCCACAGAUGUUGGUUGGUCGUUACAUAAAGAAAAAAUUCUGCAACAAAUAGUGUUAUCUGUCCAUCUUAGUUGCUUACAUUUUUAGAACUUGUACUGUUUUUAACAUUUGAAAAUUCUCCCAUGUUUCGCACAUUAAUUCUGAAUAUAUUGAACAUUCUAAGAGAAGUUCAAUGGUAUAUUAGUUGCAAUGCUAUCUUCAGUAAUGCUUGGUAAUUAGUUAUAUUUUGUUACAACCAUCAGUUAAAAAAUAAAGAGAUUUAAAAUA